AUGAAAGGUUUUGAAGUUAUGGGACAAAUGCCAUCAAAUACAAUAGUUAAAUAUGAAAACAGACAAUUAUUACAUUUAAGUAGUUUUCAGGGUGCUGCUUAUUUUCAAACAAAAUUACUUUUAAAAAAUUCAUUACAUUCGGAUGAUCCAGAUAAAGAAGCUUAUUUCAUUCAUUUAACAAAACCAAGUUUCUGUUGGCAACCUGGUGCGAUUGAUAAAAGAGUACUUUUUUGGUUAAAUUAUAAAAGUACAUAUGAACAUUGGAAUGAACAACGUGGUGCAUUUACGACUCCAACAAGUGAUUCAACACGUUUACGUUCAAUUGUUAAUGUUCCAAUAUCUUCUACACCUAAUAGAGAACUUAAUUUUAUGUUUCAAUUACAUAUUUUUGAUUUAGGUAUUGCUAUACCACUUCAACAAUAUGAUCCACCAACAAAAUUAACAACAACAGAUAGUUUAACAUGA